AGCUAAUCGAACGUACACUCACGAACACCGAUCCUCUCUCCUGCCAUAGCAAAGGCGCCUGAUGCAGAGACCCGCUCCAGCGAGCGCACGCGCGCACACACACACGCACACACACACGUACACGCACACACGCCAGCCUGCGGGUUGGCCAGAGCCUUGAAACCGCAGAUCCCACUAGGAAACAGCCACAGGCACCGAAGUAGGUGUUGCUCCUACUCUAAUUACUACUUUCUCAAGCACUUCGGUGAAGAAAUGAAUCCCGCCCAGCUCGCCAGUCCAUCCAGAUCUGGGUUCUGUUUUGCGCUCCAGAUUCAUCGUCGUAAAAGCCAGAUCCUGGGAGAAAGCGAGCUGGCGUCUGGGUUCGGACUCUGAGCCGUGCGCAGCUUGCGCCGGGGCGGUCAGCCCUGAACCAGCGAAGGUCUCCUCGCUCCUGCCAGCCUGCACCAAGGAGAUCGCAGCCAGGGAGGCAGCUGGAGCCAAACCCGCGGCAGGUUUAAAUGUUCAUUUGGCUACUUGACUCCCGAUUAGAGAACACAAAAUGAAUAACUCAACCAACUCUUCUAACAGUGGCCUGGCUUUGACCAGCCCUUAUAAGACAUUCGAAGUGGUGUUUAUUGUCCUUGUGGCUGGAUCGCUCAGUUUGGUGACCAUUAUUGGGAACAUCCUGGUCAUGGUCUCCAUUAAAGUCAACCGCCACCUCCAGACCGUCAACAAUUACUUUUUGUUCAGCUUGGCCUGUGCUGACCUCAUCAUUGGCGUUUUCUCCAUGAACUUGUACACCCUCUACACUGUGAUUGGCUACUGGCCUUUGGGCCCUGUGGUGUGUGACCUUUGGUUAGCCCUGGACUAUGUGGUCAGCAACGCCUCAGUGAUGAAUCUGCUCAUUAUCAGCUUUGACAGGUACUUCUGUGUCACAAAACCGCUCACCUACCCUGUCAAGCGGACCACGAAAAUGGCAGGGAUGAUGAUUGCAGCCGCCUGGGUCCUCUCCUUCAUCCUCUGGGCUCCAGCCAUCCUCUUUUGGCAGUUCAUCGUAGGGGUGAGGACUGUGGAGGAUGGGGAAUGCUACAUUCAGUUUUUCUCCAACGCGGCUGUCACCUUCGGUACUGCCAUCGCGGCCUUCUAUUUGCCAGUGAUCAUCAUGACCGUGUUAUACUGGCACAUAUCCCGGGCCAGCAAGAGCAGGAUAAAGAAGGACAAGAAGGAGCCCGCGGCCAACCAAGACCCGGUUUCUCCAAGUCUGGUUCAGGGAAGGAUCGUGAAGCCAAACAAUGACAACACGCCUGGCAGUGACGAUGGCCUGGAGCACAACAGAAUCCAGAACGGCAAAGCCCCCAGAGACGCUGUGACUGAAAACUGUGUCCAGGGGGAGGAGAAAGAAAGCUCCAACGAUUCCACCUCAGUCAGUGCCGUCGCCUCUAAUUUGAGAGAUGAUGAAAUAACCCAGGAUGAAAACACGAUUUCCACUUCCUUGGGCCAUUCCAAAGAUGAGAACUCUAAGCAGACAUGCAUCAAAAUUGUCACCAAGACCCAAAAGGGCGAUUCAUGUACCCCGACUAAUACCACUGUGGAGCUAGUUGGUUCUUCAGGUCAGAAUGGAGAUGAAAAACAGAACAUUGUAGCUCGCAAGAUUGUGAAGAUGACGAAGCAGCCCGCAAAAAAGAAGCCUCCUCCAUCUCGGGAAAAGAAAGUGACCAGGACGAUCCUGGCUAUUCUGUUGGCCUUCAUCAUCACGUGGGCCCCAUACAAUGUCAUGGUGCUGAUCAAUACCUUCUGUGCGCCCUGCAUCCCCAACACGGUGUGGACCAUUGGGUACUGGCUCUGUUACAUCAACAGCACCAUCAACCCUGCCUGCUACGCACUUUGCAACGCCACGUUCAAGAAAACCUUUAAACACCUUCUCAUGUGUCAUUAUAAGAACAUAGGCGCUACGAGGUAAAACGUCUUAGGGAAGAAGGAAGGCCGUCGAGAGGAGCUUGGGAAGAAGAAAGGGGUCAAGAGCUAGUUUUAAAAUCUCUGCCGUCGCACUUCACAGUCUUAUUACGGACGCGCAGUUACGGAGCCCAGCAGUGACACUCUCAUCCCGCCUAUGCCCCAGUGUGAGAAACUUGCACCUUAUAAACCCCGUCGGUGCAGGGGCGAUGAGGCCGUGAAAGAGACGUGUUGGAACUGUGGAUUGAAAGGAUGAGCUACAUUUUCUCAUCGUCUCUUGAAGAAGGGCUUCUGAAUCUACAACAGUCCGUCUCUGCACAAAAAGAAAAAUAACCUCGCUCCGUUUUU